AUGUCCUCCUUCACAAACACUUCACAAUUUCUCCCUCUACUCUUCCUCAUACUCUUCCUUUCACAAUUCGCACUUUCUCACAUCAUUGAAAUCCCUCUCUCCAAACGCGAAUUCUCCUCUCCUCACUCCGUACGUGCCUACACAGAACGUCUUCGCUCCAUGCAACAACCAGACUCUUCCAUCCUCCGAACCACCACUCAAAAUCAACCAACCAAAUUCUUUAAACCAGCUCUUCAAACACUUUUCGAAAAGGGAACUCUUGCUCCCAUCAUUCCUCUCAAAGACUAUGAAGAUGUUCAAUACUAUGGUGAAAUUAGCAUUGGAAAUCCUCCACAAACCUUCAAAAUGGUCUUUGAUACGGGAAGUAGUAAUUUGUGGGCUCCUUCUGUGGAGUGUAAGGACGUGUCUUGUGUCCGACAUGCUCGAUACAAUCACACCAAAUCCAUGACCUAUGUCAAGAAUGGUCGUUCCUUUAACAUUACGUAUGGAACUGGAGCUGUGAAGGGUUAUUUGAGUCAGGAUGAUGUUUCUGUCGGAGGUAUUCGUGUGAAAAAUCAAGUCUUUGGAGAAGUCACUCAAGAGCUCGGAAAUACCUUUUUGAAUGCAAAAAUUGAUGGAAUUUUAGGAAUGGCGUUCCCACAAAUUGCUGUCGAUGGAGUAACUCCUGUGUUUAACAACAUGAUGCAACAAGGUCUUUUGGAAAAGAAUCUCUUCUCGUUUUACAUGUCAAAAACUCCGGGCAGUGGUUCAAGCGCCUUAAUUUUAGGUGGAAUCAAUGAAAAGUACUUCUCAGGACCCAUCACCUAUGUGCCCGUUCAACAACAAUCGUAUUGGCUCAUGUACAUGGAUGAUGUGGCCAUGAACGGACAAAAUAUGCAAUUAUGUUAUCCCGCUUGUGCCGCCAUUGCCGACACUGGAACUUCCUUAAUUGCCGCCACUGCUGAUAUUAUGAAUCCCAUUUUGAGUUCCAUUCAAGUCAAUGAAGAUUGUUCGAAUAUUGACUCAAAUCCAAGUGUGACUUUCAUUUUGUCGGGAAAGAGUUUCACUUUAACUCCUCGCGAUUAUGUGUUGAGAAUUACAAGUCAAGGACAAACUCAAUGUGUGGCUGGAUUCCAAACAUUGAAUAUGAAUACUAGUGGAUUUAUUAUUUUGGGAGAUACUUUUAUUAGUACCUAUUAUACAGUAUUUGAUUAUGAAAACAAGAGAGUUGGAUUUGCCAAGUCGAAUCAAAAUAUGUAA